AUGGCCUCGGAACCCGUCUUCGUCCUACCAGGCGACCGCAUCUCGCCGGACCUAGUGCCCUCACAUCCAAAGAAACCGCUCAGAUUGGGGCCGGGCCUGCGGCACGUUCCGCCGAAUGACCUUGUGCCCACGCUGGCUGGCCAGUUUGUUGCGGACAGAACCAAGAAUGCGAUCAGGGUAGAGAAUUCACACGGACGGUACAUCCCUCGGGUGGGAGAGCUCGUUAUAGGGACGGUUCAGAAGAGCGCCGCGGAUGUCUACUACGUCCAUCUGUCGGAUUACACGGCGCCCGUGUUGCUCCCACAAUUGUCAUUCGAAUCAGCGACCAAGAAGACACGCCCUGUUUUGGCGCCCGGGGCGCUGGUCUACGCGCGCGUCACCAUGGCGAAUAAGCACAUGGAUGCAGAGCUGGAGUGUGUUUCGUCGUCGACGGGGAGAUCGGAUGGAUUGGGGCCCUUGGUCGGUGGUAUGGUGUUUGACAUAUCAUUAGGCAUGGCCAGGCGGCUAAUGAUGCCCAAGAGCCUGCACGGAGGCAGGAUUGUUGCAUUAGAAGAGCUGGGCGCUUUGGGUUUGAAAUUCGACACUGCCACAGGCCGCAAUGGCCGAUUCUGGGUUGACAGUGAAAACACAAAGACGAUUGUUGCCGUCGGCAGAGCAAUUCAAGAAACAGAUGAGAAGAGACUAGGCGUAGAAGAUCAGAAGAAAUUGGUCCGAAAGAUAAUCAAAGAUUUGAGCUGA